GGAGAGGAAAAGACAGGAGAGGAGAGGAGUAGACAGGAGAGAAAGAAGAAAGGAGGGAAAGGGAGGUAAGGGAAAAGAGGGGAGGGAAAGGGGAGAGAGAAGAAGAGGAGAGAGGAGGUGAAGGGAGGACGGAGAAAGUAGAGGAGGGCAGGGAAGAAGAGAAGAGGAGAGGAGAGGAGAGGAGAUGACAGGGACAAGGAGAGGAAAAGGAACUCCAAGUUUCAUGGGGACUAUAGACACGGCUGCCUCUCAGCAGCUGCUCCUUGAUGGGCCGAGGAGGAGAAGAAGGAACCUGGGGAUGGAAAAGAGAAGAGGGGAGAAAGGAUCUUGCUUCCUGGUUUCAAGUUUCCACUGGUGCGAGGUUGUGCAACUGCGAAGGGUGCUGUAGCAGUGGCAGCCACCAAAACAAGCCGAGCCCAUAAACAAAGCCACGUGUCCUCCCAGGCCGGGAGGCUGGGCUAAAAAGCAGGCAGCUCUUCCGGCAACAAAGAACAGCCGCCAGCGGGCCCUGGAUAAAUACUGCGGCCCCGGCGUCCAAGCCAGACUCCCUGGAAGGAGCAGUGGACACCGAAGCGCCCUACUUCGUUCUUCGUCCCUUGCUCUCCCCAGUCUUCCGAAAGCCCAUCAGGACCCGGACCCGGACCCUAUCCCACGACACACCGCAUCCUCUUUUUUCCACUCCCCCUUCCAAUUCCAAGUCCAGCCGGACCCCGUCCAUUCCCCUAGCGCCCCAGCACCCCCUGGGCGUCCCCGGCCCGAAAAGUGUCCUAGCGUCGCACGCUUCGCAGGCUGCUGGGCUAGUCCCGGUGCGUCCCGUCCCGUCUAGUCCCGUCUGGUCCUCCCCGCCGUCGCUCACGGGCAAGAUGCCAUUCCUUGGGCAGGACUGGCGGUCCCCGGGCCAGAACUGGGUGAAGACCGCGGAUGGCUGGAAGCGGUUCUUGGAUGAGAAAAGUAGUGGCUUCGUGAGCGACAUCAACAGUUACUGCCCCAAAGACGUGCACAACAAGGAGAAUCUUUUCAACAGUCUGAACUAUGAUAUUGCAGCCAAGAAAAGAAAGAAGGACCUGAUGAACAGCAAAACCAAAAUUCAGUAUUUCCACCAGGAAAAAUGGAUCUAUGUCCACAAAGGAAGCACUAAAGAACGCCAUGGAUAUUGUACCUUGGGCGAAGCUUUCAACCGGCUCGACUUCUCAACUGCUAUUCUGGAUUCCAGAAGGUUCAACUAUGUUGUACGGCUGUUGGAACUGAUAGCAAAAUCACAGCUCACUUCCUUGAGUGGCAUCGCCCAAAAGAACUUCAUGAACAUUUUGGAAAAAGUUGUGCUGAAAGUCCUUGAAGACCAACAAAAUAUCAGAUUGAUUAGAGAGUUGCUGCAGACUCUCUACACAUCCUUGUGUACUCUGGUCCAGAGGGUAGGCAAGUCUGUUCUGGUUGGGAACAUUAACAUGUGGGUGUACCGAAUGGAGACCAUUCUACACUGGCAGCAGCAGCUGAACAACAUCCAAAUCACCAGGCCUGCCUUCAAAGGCCUCACCUUCACCGACCUACCUUUGUGUUUACAACUGAAUAUAAUGCAGAGGCUAACAGAUGGAAGGGACCUGGUCAGCCUGGGCCAGGUGGCUCCCGAUCUACACCUGCUAAGUGAAGACCGGUUGCUAUGGAAGAAACUCUGCCAAUAUCAUUUCACAGAGCGACAGAUUCGAAAGCGAUUGAUUUUAUCUGAUAAAGGACAACUGGAUUGGAAGAAGAUGUAUUUUAAGCUUGUGCGAUGUUACCCAAGGAAAGAGCAAUAUGGAGACACCCUGCAACUCUGCAAACAUUGCCACAUCCUUUCUUGGAAGGGAACCGAUCAUCCAUGUACAGCCAAUAAUCCAGAGAGCUGCUCCAUCUCUCUGUCACCCCAGGACUUCAUCAACUUGUUCAAGUUCUGAGCCCUCAAGUGGGACAGCCUUGAGAAUGUCCAGUUCUCUUAGGAUGGCUUUGGAAUACCCAAUUUGGACACUUCUAUUGUAAAUAGUGUACAUUUUUAUGUUGUUUUGAAAUUCCUGAGUUGAGUAAAUGAGAGGACCGUGGAAGAGAAAGAUGAAAUUGAUGACUGGCCAUUUAGGAACAUGAACUUUCUUAAUAGAACUAGUGUGGAAGCACAGUCAGACUGUAAAUAAACUUUUUUUAAUGAUUAGCCAAUGAGGCUAUAGGAGCAUCAAUGCUAUAUUUCAGAAAUCACAGUGAAUCUGCCUUACAUGCUCUGAAACCCCUAUCUGAUUUCCAAAGAUUGGGAAAGCUGCAAAGUUGAUUUCACAAUAGAACAACCUUGACCUGUUUACAAGAUGGAAGUCUGGGAAGAAACAACAUAUCCAGAUGAAAAAAGUCAAUGUUUUGGUUUUCUAGUUCAGCUUGUGGUUCUUUGUUGUUGUUAUUGUUAUUAACCGUCAUUGUCUUAAAGCAAUGGAAAAACCCAUGUAACAGAUCUGAACUUCUUAAGCCUAUAUUGUAUAAAAGGCCAUAUCCUGCAACGUGAAAUACACCACACCAUUUUCUACCUCUGAUAUCAUAAAAUGCUUUUUCAACACACACACACACACACACACACACACACACACACACCAAGUUCUCAAGUGCAUGUUGUAAAUUUUCAUUGUUUCUUUUUAACCACUUUCCAAGUGAGUAAAAGGAGAAAAUAUUGACCACAAAGUUUUUCUUAUUUUGAGCUCACUUAUCUAUAGGAAUAGGGUAGUCUUCAGAGUUGCCUUUUGAAUGGGAAACCUAAAAUACUAGGUUCAAAAUGAUAUUUUUUUCAUCCCACUCACAGUGAAGAGAAUAAUAGGACAGAAAUCCACCUCUGCAGCCCAGCUGUAGAAACUGGAGAAUUACUGAAGAAACUGAGUCUAAAAACAGUUAAGAGGGUCCAGUAAUAACCCAUGUCUAGAUAUUGACUUAUUCUUGUUUGUCUUCAGGGUACAAUCUUCUUCUGUCCCAAGUACCUUCAUAAAACAGCAUAGUUCAGUUGAUGAGCUGAGUUUGUCCCCGUGGCCUUCCUGAGCAAGACCCAAAUAUUUGUGGACUGACUCAGUAUAUUACCAGUCCCCUUACUCUUAUUAUCUUUAUUACUCUUAUGAUCAUUAAAUCAAACUUCUUUUCUAUUUGUCAAACAUGAAUUUUUGGUCAACCCAGCCUAGUGAUUUCUAAGUCAGACUCCAACGAAGUCUAUAACUUUAUCAAUCAGUAAACAUUUAUUAAGUGCCCAUAAUGUGCCCAGUUAAGUACUGGGGCAACAAAGAAAGGCAAAGGAGCCCACAGUCUAAUGGGGAAGACAACAAGUAAACAGCUUUGUACAAACAAGAUGUAUACAGGAUAAGUUGGAGAGGAAAGGCGUUGACAUUAAGGAGGAUCAUUAGAAAAAGUUGGGAAAAGGUGGAGAAAAAAUAUUGUACCAUAUCAAACCCAGAAUUCAUAUGAAAUGUUUCUCAGUGCUGGAUUUUUGAAAGGCAAUCAUUGGUGGGUAUCCAGUGACUAAUGAGGAAUCUCAGAAAUUCAUGAGUUAAUUUUUGCAAGUUAUUAGUCAAUUUUUGGACAUUAAUAGUCAAUUAUUGGGCUUCUUGGUGUGUGUGUGUUUACUUUUUAUAAGAUCUUGCUUUUCAACAGAAACUCUUUGUACUCUAGCCAUUUGCCAUUACAUUUGCAUUUUUGCAAAUGCAAACACCAUCUUGUAUGACUAGCAAAAAAAAAUGAGAAAUAACAGUUUGGAUUUGGCAUUUAUGUUACUGGACAAUUUGUCCUUUGGAGGUAGAAUACUAGUUGUAGUCUAGAUGUAUGAAAAAAAUAGAGAGGUAUAGUAAUGAGAUGUAUAGCAAAAGGGUAAUGGAUAUUCUGCUUCUUUACCCUUCCUCCACAGUAAUACAUGAGCCAAGUACCAUUGGGUUGUAAAAUGAUAUAUGUGCAUUUCCUUCUACCAUUUGAAAUAUUUGUACCUAGACUCCUUUAGCUCAAUGCUGCCUUUAGCUUUCUCAGGUUCCUUGAAGAAAAUGGUCUGUUGCAGUGUGUUUCACAAAUUGGAUGUGUAUGUUUAGGUUGAGGUAUCCUUUCCUCUCCUUCCUUUUCCCAUCUGUACAACCUCUCCUUGGUUAAUUCUAGGAAAUGGGUGGAAUUUCUAAAUUCCCUGUUAAUUUGCGAACAGCAAAAAUACUCUGAUGCAUUGCUCCUGUCAGCAGUUGGAUCUCUCAUAGAAUCAUAGGAUUGAGAUCGAGGAGAGAGACCUGCUCAAUUUACAGAAGAAAAAAAUUGAGUCUUUGAGAAAAGUGAUUUGCCUGAAGUCACAUAAGUAAUUAGUGAUAGAGCUAAGAUUUGAAUCCAGGUCUUCCAAUUCCAAAUCCAAUGCUCAUUUCACCACUCCAUGCUGCCUCCUCUACUGUCUUUAAAACCAACUCACUUCAAAGAUUGUGCUAUGGGCAAACUCAUAUGGCAAACUCUGAAGUGACUGGGGAUUUCAAUCUAUGUUUAAACUCACGGGAGAAAUUUCAGAAUUGAGUCUGAGAUAUUUGCAAAAUUUAGUUAAGCGUCUUCCUCUCUGACUCAUUUGGUCAUCCUAGAAAAAGGCUCACAGAAAUGGGAAAUGGAAGAGUCAUAGGGUUGGAUUGUAAAAGCAAAGAGAAGAAACCAGGCAGUGUUCUGAUGGGAAAGGAGCAGGCAAAGGAAUGGUAGGUUGUUGGUGAAGGGGAAGUGGGAGAUAAAAGUGGCAUUUUAAGAUUCCUGUUCUAGGGGUAGGAUAUCAGGGGAGAGAAGCAUGAAUACAAGAAUUCAAAGUGUGUGUUGGCAAAUUCAGCUUAAUCAAAAAUGUGUUAAGGGGGCAGCUGGGUAGCUCAGUGGAUUUAGAAUCAGGAGGUCCUAGGUUCAAAUCUGGCCUCAUAUACCUCCCAGCUGGGUGACCGUGGGCAAGUCAUUUAACUCCCAUGGCCUAGCUCUUACCACUCUUCUGCCUUGGAACCAAUACAUAGUAUUGAUUCUAAGAUGGAAGCUAAGGGUUUAAAAAACAAAUGUGUUAAAUCCCCCAUGACUGCUGGCCUGAACACCACCACACAAAAGUAAGAUGAACACAAUUCAUUUUCUCCAGAAGUACAAAGGUAGAUUUCAGCUCCCUUUGAAUUAGGAUUUCCUAACAAUUGGAGCUAUCAGUAGAAUGGGCUGCCUCCUGAGAUGAUGGAACCCAUCUCUGAAGGGAUUCACAGAAAGGCUAAUGGCUCUUCAUCAGAGAUCACCUAUGAAAUUAAUGCUCCAAGGACUGGUUGAACUAAUUGACCUCCAAGGUCCCUUCCUGAUCUGAGAUUCUGUGAGUUGACAGUAUUAAAAAUAUAUUUUUUCCAUUUUUGCAAAUGCAUCAAAGAGUAACUUUUAGUUUUAAAAAAUGUUUAAUAUUUGAGAUCUUCUGGCUUAGAAGCUUUGGAAGCUUUCUAUCCAAGAAAGGAGUAAAGGAGGGAAUGGCACACGCCUCUGCUGCAGCCCUCUUCCCCACUCAAACACCUGCAUGAUACUCAAUUUAAUAGAGCCCUGUACCCAACUCAGGCUAUUGGGGAAAGGUGGCUGAGAUGCUGUGAGCCCAUUAACAGAUCUAGCACAGUGUGGUCAAAUCCAAAGUUGUAAGCAAUAAUAAUACCUACCUCACACAAGGGCAUUGUAAGGAAAGGACUUUGUAAGCCUUAAAACAUAAAGUAAAUGUUUAUUUUUAUUAGUGGCAAAUAUGUUUGCAAAGUCAUUUCUUCAAAACAGCUCUAUGAGAAAGGUAUUACAAGAAUCCUUCUCCUCAUUUUGCAGAUGGGAAAACUGAGGUUCGGAAAUUAAAUCAUUUGGCCAGAACCCUCCUCUCUAGCAAGAGCAAGAGAUGGGACUCCUGGAGUGAAUUAUCUGACUCCAUUAUUCCUUCUCUUCUGCUGGGCUGCCAUGUGGAGGAGGGCUACCUUUGAGGAGGCUGGGACUUUAUCUUUGAGAGAUCUGCCCAGUGACAUAUACUGUAGCAUGGAAGGAGAUUUUCAAACAAGCUAGACUAUGUCCAAACUUACCUUUUUAUAGGAUAGUUUCACAACACCAUUCUGGUUUUAAGCAAAUGCAUCAUUCCAUAGGAAUAUCCUGGUACAGCAUUAGGAGAAACUGAACAGACCCAAGAAGCACAAGGUAAUAAUUGUUCAGCAAAACUAGGAAGUCUCCGCCGGUCUUCCUAGGACUGGUUGUUAAUAUGAUUCCUGUCUGAUGAGGAUUAGUUCUAUUGAGGUAGCUUGGCAUGGAAGGCUGAUCUUUUCAAUAGAUUUAGUUUACAGAGUAAAACUAUCCUAAAACAAGGAUGGUUUUUCUUUUUUUGUUUGUUUCUUGCUUGUGCUCAUGAAGUAAUCCAGUGAUUAUUUGUGUUAUUACUAUAGUUCUUGACUUUGUAGAUUCAUUGGGAGUAUUUCACACAGAGAGUUUGCAAGUUAAGAACUCCUUUGUGUGUUCCUUUUUUUUCUAACAUGUAAGAAAAUAUGUGUUUAAUUUGUCAAGGAAAGAUGGGGUGAUGAUUUACAAUGAUAUAAAUCAUUCGUUUCAAGGUAGAUUUUGUUCAAUAACAUGUAAUUUUUAGUGGUUUCAAUAUAACUAUGUCUCUUUUAAAAUGUGCACCAGAAUUUGUAUUUUUCUGCCAGGCUUUAGAGAGAUGAUGUCUUUGCUUUGUGCAAAUGGCCUUUUUUAUGUGUGAUAUUUUUUUUAUGCACCACAUCAUUGCUGUGUAUCCUAUCUUCUGCUGUUGAUUUCUCUUUUGAAGAAUCUGCAACAGGGAACAAAUCCCUCCACUCCAGCUUUUUGCCCACAGAGACUGUCUUUAAAUACUCCACAGAACUGCUCAGAAUGCAUAAGAUUGCUCAUCUUCUAAUUCCGUUGUCUUUAACAAAAAUUAACGGAAACACAUUGGUAAACUUUCCGUAGCCUAUAUUUUAUUUUCUUAAAUAAACCUGCUUUUAAAAGGAAAGGCAAAGAGAAGCUAGUAAACUCCAGCUUAUUUCUUCUACAAACACUUUCCAGAUGUUUGUCACCUUUUCUUAAUAAGAGGUCUAAAUGGAUCUUCAGCUAUGCUCUCCUAAGUGCUUUUAUGUUUUGAAUGGGUCCCUCUAGCCUUACCCCAGCACAAUUUGCUGUAAAAUAUAGCAAUGCUUUUUUCCCCUUAAUUCUUUCAGUUCAUUUGCAAAGCCUGUUACAAGGCAAGCUAACUUCCCAAGGCUAUGAUUCCCAAGUGUAUUUUUCUUCCUAAACUAACUAACCAUUGCUAGAUUUAUCAGUCCUUCCUUUCCUUCCAAAUAGCUACCAGCUCUAAGAUCCUGGGAACUUCAUCUUGAUUUUAAGUCUGAUCUCUAGGUUACUCACCUCAUCAUAUUUUUCAUUAAAGAGAAACAACUUCUUGGAACUUAUUUGUUCUCACAUCUCAGGUAGCAUCUUGGAAGUGCUUGGUUGCCUAGGUCCCUUGAAAGUGUUUUCUCACUUUGAAAACAGAAGUGAAGAACAGUUAGGGAAAGUUUUCAAAAUCCAGCUUAUACCUGAGACUGCCAAUUGAAGGAUAUUUUGCCCUUUUUUUGGCUUUUGAUCCCUAGACUGCCUUGGGAUCCACCACCCCAAGGUCCUGAGUGGCCUAGAUGAGAUCAGGACCCUUUUUGUUCCCUGUGUGGCAUGCAAGUUUUCUAAAGGGAGGGCUAACUAAUAUCAUUCCUCUAUACUUGGGAAUCCUUUGACAGAUAACAUUAUUUUUCCCCCAGAGUGCCAACCAGUCUUCUUGAAAGAUAAUGUUUCUUGCAGCACACAUCCUAAGCAUAGACAACUUUUCUCCAAUGCAAAGACAAUGUAGAAUCAGAAAACUUUUAGAGGAAUUGAAAAUUAUACAAAGAAGUGUGGGGUUAGACCAACCAUGUACUAUGCCUCCUCCUUAACACUAUUGUGUGAGCGGAGUACUUCUGUGUAAAUGAUUUGCACACCUUCCUUGCAUGUAGAACUGAAUUUUAUAACUGUUUGGUACAAACAGUGGCAUAUUUUUGUAUAAAAUAUUUUGACACUGAGCUACAAUAAAUGUUGUUUCAACAACAA